AUACAUAUACGUUUUGUUUAUUUAAUUUUUUGCCAACAAAGAAAGCGGAAUUCUGCUGCAAAUGUCAGGCGUGGAUCAGAUGAAAAUAUCAGGAACUACAGCAAAAUCUGUUGAGGAGCGUAAUAUACCAUGGAGCCAACAAGUUGACGAGGCAUCAUAUGAAAACUUAGCUUCUCCAGCGAUUGAUGAUAGCUCUGCUAUACAAAGCUCAAUGCAAUUCCAAUUUCCCCCUUUCAAUGCUAAGGAAAAUAGUAAUUUAUCUAUAAGUACUUUAAACAAGGGACGUAAAUCUUUACACAAUCAUGAUAUAAGAAAAAAAUAUGGAAAUAAUGGAUCUUUUAAUAUACCUAAACGUGACGACCACCAAUUGAAUGCUUGGAAUACAAGACGACUUUUUACAGAAAACACUGCACCGUUUCGUAAUAACGAUGGCAGCUCGAAAUUGGAGAACUACACGAAUCAGAACAUGGACGAGGCAAAAAUGCAAUCAGCACCAAAUGCACCGAAAAAAACAACAUGGGCAUCGAUCGCAUCGCAACCAGCUAAACUUACUUCAAAAACAACAUUUACAACUUCCAGCCAUAAGAAGAAAGGACCCGGAAUGCCACCACCACCCAUGGUGCCGGGAAAACACAAUUUAGAUGUUAAUGUAUGGGACCUACCUAAUAGUAGUCCUCCGCCAGUACCAUCCCCGCCUUUACCAAUUAAUUUUCCAGCUGCGGAACGUAAUUCAAACGCAACAAAUUGUGAGGAGCCGUCCAUAAGUUCACGUCCCGAAAAGCCCUUAAAAAGUACAGAAUACUCAAAUAAAGAGGAUACAUGCCAAGAGUUACGCAAUAGCAGUGCUACGAAACCACCUCCAAAUAGUCAAUCUCGCAAAAAUUGGGUUUCCCAGUCGCCAAAUCAUCAUCAUGAUAAUCGAAAAGUAGGCCCAAAUUCAUUGCCUAUUACUGCUCGACGAGUCGUAUCUAGUGGUUCUCGUUAUAAUGAACGUAGAGAACUUUUCAAUGGUUCACGAAAUGAUUACGAAAAGUUGAGAGAUGAAAAUAAUCCACGUACCAUACAAAGUGCGCCCUUAAUUGAAUUAACAUCUGACCCGCAAAUAUUAUUGGACGAAUUAAAAGACAAAAACAAUUAUAACCCCAUAGAAAUUGACAUAAAUAAAGCUUCAGCUGCACGAUUUUUUGUCAUAAAAUCAUAUUCGGAAGAUGAUAUACAUCGAAGUAUAAAAUAUGAGAUUUGGUGUUCCACAGAUCAUGGUAAUAAGCGCCUGGACGAUGCCUUCAAAGAGCGAUACAAAGAAGGCGGCAAUGUUUUGCUUUUUUUCUCUGUCAAUGGCUCGGGACAUUUUUGCGGCAUGGCGCAGAUGAUAACCUGUGUGGAUUACAACUCGACAUCUAGCGUAUGGUCGCAAGACAAGUGGAAGGGAAAGUUUAAAGUAAAGUGGAUAUAUGUAAAAGAUGUGCCUAAUGGAAAACUUCGACACAUUCGACUAGAAAAUAAUGACAAUAAGUCAGUAACUCAUUCAAGAGAUACUCAGGAGAUUCCGAACACAAAAGGCAUUGAAGUGUUGCAGAUAUUACAUACAUUCAAGCAUUCGACGUCCAUUUUUGACGACUUUUCGCACUAUGAAAAAAAACAGGAGGAAGAAGUGUCGUCCAAGCGACCACCAGUUUUCUCAUCAGAUGCGAUUAGCCAAAACCAAACACCAAUCAACAACAGACACUUUAUCCGUCAAAACGACGACAAGGAUGGGCGUGAGCGCGAUGGUCGUGCAACCAUUGGCUUGCCACAAAAACAUUUCUUUAGCGGUGGCAACAAUUUCCGGGAGAACCGAAGCUCGCUGCAUAAAGGCGGCAAUGGUUUAGGAAGUUAUCACAACAGCUACAGCGACUAUCGAAGGGGCUUUGAUAGUCAACGACCAUUAGGCGCGGAUUAUGCUCCAAAAGAGAGAGAAAAUGCAUUUCAGUGUGAGAGUAGAGAGGAUAGAGUUAAUUUUGCAGCCCGGCACGUAUCGAUCAACCGAAGGGAGGACCAUCACAAGGCGAGAAUAACAACAAAUUAUAAACGGGACUUUAGUACUGAACAAAUUAAAGCUGAGGUGCGCUUUAGAACCGGACUGUCGACAUCAAGGGAUUUGCCAAAAACUACAAAUGAUCAAGAUAGAUUGCGAAAUAAUGAAUAUUAGUGGCUGAGCCUAACAAGUUAUGAAAAUGUUUACGAAUGUUCUUAUCAAAAGUAUUCGUGAAAUUUUGGGUUUAAGAAUUUCAAAACGAUUAUGUGCACAAGCAAGAAAUCUGAGAAAUAGAAUUAAGCUGAAAAUAGAUACAACAACCGGUAACUAGGAUUAAGUAAUACUUACAAUAUUAUAACAUUUUUAUGUAAUUUAUUAUAUUUAUAUAAACUGAUUGAAGCUUUCAUUGAACGGUUCGAAGACGUCUUAUUGGAUCGAUUUGUACACAAUUUGAAAGUCAAGAAUUUACUUGAUUCAUUCCUUGUAGCUGCACUGCAAUAUUUGAAAGCUUUUUCAUCAAUAAAAAACAUACAUCGUAUGUGAAAUAAUUAAAAGUAUAAUAUCUUCAUCUUAUAAUUCUAUUGCCUUCAAUUCUAUUAGCAGUGAUACCUAUACAACUUUCCAUUGUGUAUGCGCGUGUAAAUAUUUACAUAUGUAAGCAUGCACGCCUUGCCCAUAACUUUUUGAACCAAUCCAAAUAAUUUAACAUGUUAAUCAUAAAUAGGAAAAUAUAUCAGUUACUGGUAACAGAUAGGCACACACCAACAUAUGAACAAGCAUAUACGAAUU